CAGGCGAUUGGCGGACGCGACGUUGCGGUCCAUUUUGGCGAUCGGAUAGGCUGUCGCGCGGUUGGAAAGAGACAGAAUGUGCCCCUCCCCUCGCGGCAGGAACGUCGUCCGGUGAAAUUGCGCGAACGUCGGCAGGCAGUCGAGUUUGGUCGAGUCGAGUGGUGCGGUGCGACGUUUCGUGACAAGUUGGACUCGUUAAAGCCGGUCGAGGACGCGCGAGGAAGGUCGCGCCCAGCCGCUGGCUCGUCUCUCGACGAACGAACACUGAACGGGCGGUGAUUACGUCGACGAGGACGAGGACGACGGCAGCGACGGUGGCUGAAAACUCGAAAUUCGGUCGUUCGGCUCGUCGUCGAACGCAGCGGAGGCGAGAGACAGAGAGAGAGAGAGAAAGAUUGCAGAUUGGUAUAGUCGGCCUUUAAAUACAUUCUCUUGUAUUCUCGUUUUUGAGAGAGAGAAUUAUUAUGGAUAAUCAAGAAGAGGUCGUGAAAAUCCUGCGUUCAUGUUUGAUAUCGUGCAAAGGUGGCAUCAAAUUGGAUAAUUUGCGAGUGGAUUACAAGGUGAUCGCAGGAGAACCCUUACCUUUCAAAAAAUUCGGAUAUUCCUCGGUGGAAGCUUUCGUACGUAAUAUACCAGACAUUAAAGUGACCAGAAGAAAUGGAGAACUGUAUAUGGAAGCGCUGCCUACCAAAUCGACAGCACAUCUCACGAAAUUAGUUGCGCGACAAAAAACACGACGAAGAAUGCCAACGCAAUCAAAAAGAUGGAUUCCCCCUCGAAACGUCAGAGGUCCUUCUUCUGGUUUUAGAAACUAUGCUUCCAAUAACUUCCAAUAUAAUAGGAAUAAUUACGUGGAUUCGUCCAAUUCGUCUAAUUCUUUCUUCAAGUCGACACCUGGAAGGAGUACAUUAUACACAGAUUUUAGCAGGCCCGUCCCUCUUAUGGACACUAUAGUACAGUGUCCAAUUUCCAUAUCGCAGAAUCCAAUGUUGCAGAGUGGAAAGCUCGAGAAGACUCCGCCGAAGUAUGCUCCAGCUUCUUCCGCGAAAAGACUGAAUGAGAAAUUAAAUCCAAACCUACCGCCUAUACACCAAAGUACUUGUAACAUCGAUGAUGCAAGAUGCCAAGUAUUGGACCGAAAAUUAACUGUGAUAGAUAUCAAACCAAAGACUGCGGAACCGAAGCCCAUAAAGUUGAGCGAACGGCUCAAAGUUUCUUCAAGUCUCCCUACUCCUGAAGUACCUUCCUUAUUCGAUAGUUGCACACCGUCUUCGUAUAUUCGUCCAUCCCUUUUAGAUGUACCACAAAUAAGAACAAAGAUGAGCGCACCAUCGUACCACGCUUCCGACCCUCGAGAGGAACUGCAGAAUCGUGCCAAUGCGUUAAAUUUAUCGGCACCGAUCUACAAGAUGUAUUCGAAGAAAGAGAAGCAUUCUGACAAGAUCACUAUUUAUGCUAGCGUAAAACUCGCCGGGCACACGUUCCAUACCUUCCCGGAAGACGCGACGUCCCAAGGAGAGGCCGAAAAGAUCGCGGCACGACUGGCGCUGGUGAAUCUUGCGAAGGAAUCGUCGAGCCCAGAGGUGACGACGGUUGACGUGCAGUUGGUGAAGGAACGUAUCCUGGAUAUCGUGACUCUGCAUCAGAGCGGAGUCUUCAUGCAUCUGCUGCCAAAGUAUUACAGCGAGCAGUACAGGGAAGCUCUUCCCCAUGAUUGGGAGAGGAUUACCGAGCAGAUCGCGGAUGUUAGUCAGGAGAAAGGUGUCGGCGAUUCGACGAUACUUUGCCGAUCCCGUCCGACUACCAAGCGAUCGGAAGGUUCGGCAUCCAUAAAUAAGAACGUAUCGGACAAUCUCACGUCGAGCGACAAGAUACUGUUGAGUCCGAUCGGACCUGCCGCACCUGACAAACUGGAAGUACCUGGGACGACCAUAUGGAACGUGUACACCACCUGCGUCACGAGCACCGUCGAGAUUUGGGUCCGACUCAUCGAUGACGACUACAACGACAAUUUUGUCGACAUGACGAACGAGAUGACGAGGCAUUACAACGAGAUAAAAAAACCUGCGACGACGACGACGUGCGUUAUCGGUGACUUCUAUGCCAUUCUGGAGGACGAUUACUGGCACCGAGUGCAAUGCAUAGAUAUCGACUCGGACACCGAAGUUGCCACGGUGUUCUUCAUCGACGAGGGAUACGAGGGGCAGUACAAACCCGACGUGCUGCAUCCCUUGGACAAGCGGUUCUGCACUCUGUCGGCCCAGGCGAUCAGAGUAGCUCUCCUGGGAUUAGAGAACUUCCGCGAUUGUCCUCAGGCAAUCGCUGAAAUUGAAAACCUCCUUCUCGGUGAUCGAGUGUUCUUAGUCCGAGUACACAGCACGAACGUCGACAAGUAUGGUUCAUACGCGAGAGUUACGUUCUAUGACACCAGCGGAGACGAUGACGUCGAUAUCAAUCAAGUUUUAUUCGAAAAGAUCAUCGACGGACUUAUUGAUGCAUCCGCGAUGCAACCAGGACGAUUGGUGGAAAUGUACGUCACGCAUAUAGACGAAAAUGGAAAGAUCUACGCGCAGUUGAACUCCGCGGGUAGAAACUGCUUAAUGUCGCACAUGCCCGUUGACGACAGCAUGUGUCCCUCGGUGACGGGACAGAUCAACUUCACGAAGAUGUAUUUCGUGAAGUGCGACUCGCAGCUGUACAGGGCGAGAGCUGUACAGACCGUUCCUGACCGAAACAAAGUAACUGUAUUUUUAAUGGACAUCGGUCGAACCAUUACGAUAUCGAGGCAAGAUCUGCUUCAGACGGACAUGGCCUCGAUGGGUCUGCAGUGCAUUCCUCCACAGGCCACGCAAAUCUCCUUACAUCAAAUCGACCAGUCGACGCACGACGAGAGAUUCGUGACUCGCUUCCGCGAGCUCGUCUCCGACGAGGACCUGCUUCUGGCGAAGAUCAAAGAUAUCAGCAACGGAGUUCCGACGGUCCAGAUCUUCAAGAGAGUUGGACCAAACAAUUUGCUGGGUUGCAUAAACACUUCGUUGCUUUACGACCUUGAGCUGGCAAAGGCCAAUGGAGACAGCAACAACAACGUCAAGACGAAAAAACGUUUGGAGCGAAAGAAUUCGCGCGCGCUCGAGGCCGCCAGCAAGCUGAAUCCACCCGAGAUUUCAGACAUCGGCCAUUAUUUCGACGUUCAUGUAACACUGGCCGCACAUCCGGGACACUUUAUCGUACAACCGCGGGACAGUGGUAGCAAAUUGCAGAUGAUGAUGCUCGAGUUGCAAAAGUGCUACGAGACAUUUUCUGGCCCACCAUUAGAAUCUAUUGGCGAGGGCAAGCUGUACGCGGGCAAAUUUCGGAACGACUGGUAUAGAGUGUACGUUACCAACAUCAUCAGUGAUAAUGAAGUAUCAGUAUACUUCUGCGAUUACGGGGACGUGACGAUAGUGUCGCGCCAUUGUUUGCAGUCCCUGAAGAGCGAGUUCCUGAAAUUGCCGUAUCAAGCGGUGAAGGCUAAACUUGUCGGGAUAGAACCGAUAAAUACCGAUUGGUCGGUAGCUGAUUGCGUCAGAUUCAAGGAUCUAGUACUCGACAGGGAUUUCGUGUCGGUGGUCGUCGAAUCUGUAUUCGACAACUUCUCGCCAGCUAACGGUACUGUACUCGGUUUACGAUUAGUCGACACCAGUACACACAAAGACAAGGACAUAUAUAUUGACAGGCUAUUGAUCGAAGAGAAACGUGCCAAAUUCAUCGAUGGAUUCGAGGAGCAAUUUUCGUCUAGUUAGCUCAUUACGUUGAAUAGUGUACGGGAAUAUCUAUUUUUUAUUACGGUUCUUACGUACGUAUUAUUAUUCUAAAGUAGCACGGUCCCAUGCCUGGAAACGUAAAAGGACAAGUCAACGUUCGACUUUGAAUUUAACCGUAAUUACUGUCCAGAAAGAUAUUCUUUUUUUUAAUAGUAAAAGAUGGGCAAGUAACACAUACAUAAUUUAUUGAAAGACAUUUAUUUCAAGUUCGUAUCCUUUUAAAAGGAUUAUGUUAUAUAGUACAACAUUAUCAUUACAUGUACAGUCGUUGCGAUGUUUCGCAAAGCAUCAUUGUUCACCAAGUUUCCUUUAUUUCCUUUUCACGCUCGUUAUUACAGUUACAUGUACAGAGAUAUAUUGUUAAUGUGUGUUGUAAUUGUGUAGUUCAUUUACUCGUUUUGUUAGAAGAUAAUUAUAUUUUUGGAAGCAUUAUUAAUUCGUGCCAAGUAUUUAGCAUUGUAGUUUAAAAAAAAGCAUUACGUUAUUUUUUUAAUUCCAUGUUCAUUUUAUAAUAAGAUAAUUUUAUAAGAUGUUGAACAGUAUAAUUGUCCAAUGGCAAUAUUGGCUGUGUAUUAUGAACAUUCAUUAAUAAAAGCAUUCCAUAUCUUAAAAAAGAAAUAUAUAUACAUAUAUGUAUAUAUUUUAUGUAUGUACGUACAGGUAUUAGUUAUAUCUAUAUAUUCCUUUUUUUAUAUUGAACUGUGUUUGAUGUCAACUGGAUGUUAAAAGUUUGUCUCGCUUGUAUAUUAGAAAGUCUCGGCAUAACAAUAAGAUGUGCGAGAGAACAGAAUGAAGAGAGCGAGAUUACUGCAACGUGAAGAGGAAGAAAGGAUUUAAUCAAAUCGCAGAGACGAUGGUGUUGUCUUUUCGAUUCAGAGCCUAGAAAAGUAGUUUAACAGUUUUUAGUUUAACAGUUUGCGCUGUUCAUCGUCAUUUACACAGUUGCGUAUCGCGAGUAGACUGCGGAGUAUGCAGUAAGCAAAGUAUUACCUUCUCGAGAAUUCUUCCAAUUGUAUCGGUUUGGUUCGAAGGUAUAAAUCGUUGCGCGUGUAUCACAGUGUCACGAUACAAAUUGUAAUUUUUCCUGCGCAAAGAUGGUGAAACCGCUUUUAAAUGUAAACGAUACAACUUACGUCUUCUUGCACGUGCAAUUCAGAAACUAGCAACUAUAUGUAAGCGUAGGUGACGUGUUGGGCUAUUAUACAUGCAUUGAAUAUAGUCGCUUCCGUGAUUAAUGUGAUUUAACUUUUGGAUUGUUUAGAUACCUAGUUCACUUUAUUACCAUGUUGUAAACAUCCUUUCCGAAAUUCUUGUAGAAUUUAUUUGUAACGAAUAUUUUUAUUUUUCUAACGAUUUGAGAUUAAAGUUAAAAAUAAAGGCAUAAAUAAAAUUUAA